ACGGAGAGAGGCCGCUCGCCCGUACUUCCCCUCACUCGUGUGCGAGACGUGGAGGGGAGAGGUUCGGCCGAUCCUGAGUGUGCGUUGUCAGGGCCCUGUGCGCUCGAAAAAAAAGAAAGAGAGAAAAAAGAGAAAGAGAAGGAGAGAAAAAGAGUCUUGUGGACUUGGCUGGGAGAAAAAAAAAGUGACAGAUCAAACGCUUUUUUUAUCACUACAGGAAUAAAAGUGUUUAAUAAAGAUCAUAAUAAUAACAAAGUUAAUAACGUAAAAGAAAUAUAAUAUCGCAAACACCGGAACUUCCUUUCUUGGAAUAUACAUAUAAAAAAGAAGAGAAUAUACGCUCGUAUAAAGAUAUAUAUUUUUUAAUGGUUUGUUCGUUAAGGAGAAAACACACCCACCUGUAGCCAACGAGAAGACGCAAGACAGACGCAAGACAGACACACAGAUAGAAGAAGAAAAAGAAGCCAGGUCAAUCGAGGUCAACCAGGAUGUCGGAACGCAGGAGCGAAGAGAACGGAGAGAGGAAGAAGGAGAGAACAGGAUCCAAGAAGGACUGGCUCGCUGCGGGAGGCAUUGGGAUUGAGAAGAGACGCCGUUCGUCCGCGGCCUCCUACAGGAUAGAGAAUAAUAAGGUGCUGAUCGAAAACGAGGACGGCGAAAUCCAAGAAUUCGAGAUCCUGGCCAGCAAAGACAAGCACGGGACCCUCCGGAAGGCCGUUCCUACCCUCCCCGUCGCACUGGCUAUUUGCUGCCUCAUUCUCAACAUGGUCCCUGGUCUUGGAACAAUGGUGUCUGGAUUUGCCGUGUUGUGCGGGUACCCGACCGAACACUCUAGCAAGGGCGCCGGGGUUUUCUACAACCUGCUGGUGGCGCUGCUGCAGUUGAUUCUGGCCCCGAUCAUCGUCGGCUGGAUCUGGUCCAUUCAGAGAGGAAUCAUCAUUGUGCAGGAGUCACUGAACCAGAAGAUCGAGCAGAGAGAGCGGCGAAUGAGUCAAGAUGUCACGGCGUAGAAGGCGAAGAAGACAUCGUAACGAAAACCGCCGAGAGAUGUCACACACACACACACACACACACACACACACACACACACACACACACACACACACACACACACACACACACACACAUACAAAAUCGCAUGUAUGAGCCUUUUAAAAGGUUUGGAUUAUAUAUAUAUAUAUUUUUUUCUGGACACAAGAUUCGCAAUCGACACUCUUAAGAAAACGAGAUGAAGAGUAGUUUUUUUUUCUGUCUUACGAUUUCAAAAUUGAAACAUUUGAAAUAAUUGUGCGUGUGUGUGUGUGUGUUUAUGUGUGUGUGUGUG